GUCGCGCCGUUUUGGAGUCGAGCGCGAGUGAGCCGCGCGGAGCGAGUUAGUGGCGAGAGUGGUGGCGGUGGCGGUCGCUGUUGGCCGUCGUUGUUGUUGUUUGUUGUUGUUGUUCUCGGCGAGUGAGCGAGUUGGCGAGUGCCGCGUCUGGCUGGAGAGGGCAGCGAGUUGGUUGGCGACGGCGGAGUGGAGACGCCGCCCGCCGAUGCCGCGGCGCGCCGCGUUCGGGGUCCGCGCCGCCGCCUGCUGCUGCUGCUGCUGAGCGCGGGGGGGGCCCGGGGACAUGGAGACCGGCGCAGGGGGCACCCCCGUGGGGGGCCCCGCGAGGAGGACGAGGAGGAGUGGGGGGCCAGGGGAUACCUCGGGCCCCGUCGCCAUCCUCGCCGCCGCCGUCGUCGUCGUCACCCUCGCGGCGUUCGGGUUCACGCCCGGCUCGGCGGCGCCGGGAUUCGCCACCGCGCUGCGCUUCGUCACGGAGCCCUCGGACACGGUGGCGGUGCGCGCCUCUUCGGCUCGGCUCAACUGCUCGGCGCGGCCGGAGCGAGCGUCGGGCGCCGCCGGCGAGGACGACGUGGGGCCCGCCGUGCGCGUAGAGUGGAAGCGCGACGGGGUCAUCCUGGCGUUGCCGCUGCAGGCCGAGGGUGAGCAGCAGCAGCAGCAGCAGGAGGAGCGCAGGGUGGUGCUGGCGAGCGGCGCACUGCUGCUGCGCUCUGUGCAGCACGGGAGGGGCAGCCGCUCGGACGAAGGCCGCUACGAGUGCGUUGCCACGGCUCCUGGCAUCGGCACCAUCGUGAGCCGCGCUGCUCGGCUCUCCAUCGCCGGAGCGGUGCGAGUGGCGGCCGGCCCGGGCCACGUGUCGGUGCACGCCGGUGACGGCGCGGUGCUGCCGUGCGAGGUGAGCGGGGAGCCGCGGCCGUCGGUGCGGUGGAUCAAGGACGUCGGGGAGCCGGGCGGGGAGCCGGGCGCGGCGCGCCGAGUUGUAACGCUGCCAGACGGGGCCCUGCAGAUCUCCCGCGCCGAGCCCUCCGACGCCGGCACCUACCGAUGCGUGGCGGAGAACGCGGCGUUUUCCCGGACGGGCGACGACAUCCGACUCACGGUGGUGCCUGAGCCGGGGGUCGCUCGGCGGGCCGCCUUCCUGCGCGUGCCCAAGGACGUGGAGGCGCUGCUGGGCCAGGCCGCCAUGCUGGAGUGCUCGGCCAGUGGGUUUCCCCGGCCCACUGUCCGGUGGGAGAAGGGAGGCAAGGCCGUGCACGAGAGCGAGCACGUGAAGGUGGUGGGCGGGGGCCACCUGCUCGUGGAGGUCGUGACCCCGGGGGACGCGGGGCUCUACUCCUGCACCGUCGGGGAGGGCGCCGACACCAUGCAGGCCAGCGCCGUGCUCACCGUACACGCUCCCCCGCGGUUCUCGUUCCCCCCGCGGGACGCGCUGGCGCACGAGGGCGCGGAUGUGGAGCUGGCGUGCGGCGUGGAGGGGAACCCCGCGCCCUCAAUCAAGUGGCUUAAAAACGGCGACACCGUCAUUCCCGGCGACUACUUCCACAUCGCGGAGGAGCACACGCUCAAGAUUCUCGGCGUCGUCAAGUCGGACGAAGGGAUGUACCAGUGCGUCGCGGAGAACGAGCACGGGAACGUGCAGGCGGGUGCGCAGCUCCUCGUCGCAGACAGAGCUGGAGCUCGGACCGGUGGCGGUUCCGGAGGGGCGUCCCCGGCGCCGUCGGCCCCGCGCGACCUCGUGGCGGCCGUGGUGUCGACGCGCUUCGUGCGCCUCGUGUGGCGCGCGCCGGCCGAGCCGCGUGGCGACGUCACGGCCUACGCCGUCUUCCACUCGCGCGACGGCGCCAGCAGGGAGCGCGUCGUGAAUACCAGCAAAACGGGCGACCUCCAGAUCACCAUUUCUGACCUCCGACCCGAGACCACGUACACCUUCCGGGUGGUGGCCUACAACAGGCAUGGGCUGGGCGAGAGCUCCGCGCCGCUCAAAAUCUCUACCCAGCCGGAAGUGCAAGUGCCGGGCCCCCCCGUGGGCCUGCAGGCGACGGCGCUGUCCCCCACGUCGGUGUCCGUGUUCUGGCAGCCGCCGCUCUCGGGCAACGGGCCCAUCCUCAACUACCGCCUCCUCCACGUGGAGCGUGGCAAGGGCCCCACCGGCGAGCAGGAGGUGGACGUGGAGGGCCUCUCGUUCGUCGCCCACGGCCUCAAGAGGUUCACCGAGUACAGCUUCCGCGUCGUGGCCUUCAACCGGCACGGCCCGGGCCUCUCGUCCGAGGACGUGACGGCGCGCACGCUGUCGGAUGUGCCGAGCGCACCCCCCCAGAACGUGACGGUGGAAGUGCUCAACUCCAAGGCCAUCCUGGUGCGGUGGCAGCCCCCGCCCCCCAGCGCGCACAACGGCGUCAUCGUCGGAUACCGCAUCCGGCACCGCAAGACCGGGCGGCGCAGCGAGGCAGAGGUCACGGAGAGCAGCCAGCUGUGGCACCAGCUCGCUGGCCUGGAGCGCGGCACCGAGUACAGCUUCAAGGUGUCGGCGCUUACGGUGAACGGGACGGGGCCCUCCUCCGACUGGGUCUCCAGCGAGACCUUCGAGGAGGACUUGGACGAGUCGCGCGUGCCCGAGCAGCCGAGCUCGCUGCACGUGCGCCCCCUCACGACGAACAUCGUGGUGAGCUGGACCCCGCCGGCCGGCAGCGACGUCAUGGUGCGCGGCUACUUCAUCGGCUACGGCGUGGGCAGCCCCUACGCCGACACGGUGCGCGUGGAUGCCAAGCAGCGCUACUUCACCAUCGAGGGACUCGAGCCCAACCACCAGUACGUGAUCUCCCUGAGGGCCUUCAACAACAUGGGCCAGGGAGUUCCUCUCUACGAGAGCGCCACCACUCGCUCCAUCACGGACUCGAUGGACCCCUCGGAGCCCGACCCGUUUGACCUUUUCUCGGACGCUUUCACGGCAGUCCCCGAGCCGCCCACGCCCAUGCUGCCCCCCGUGGGCGUCCAAGCGCUGGUGCUGGGGCCCGACACGAUCCGCAUCACCUGGGCCGACAACUCCCUCCCCAAGAACCAGCGCAUCCCGGACGCGCGCUACUACACCGCGCGCUGGAAGACGUACUUCACCAACAACGCCAAGUACAAGAUGGCAAACUCGACGACGCUGAGCUACCUGGUGACGGGGCUGAAGGCGAGCACCCUCUACGAGUUCUCCGUGAUGGUGACGCGCGGACGCAGAUCCAGCACCUGGAGCAUGACUGCGCAGAGCACCACCCUGGAGGCCGUGCCCACGUCCGCACCGAAGGAUCUCACCAUCAUCAGCAAGGAAGGGAAGCCGCGCAUCGUCAUCGUGAACUGGCAGCCUCCGUCUGAAGCCAAUGGCAAAAUCACAGGCUACAUCAUCUACUACACGACUGACAAGUCCGCGGAGCUGCACGACUGGGUGAUCGAGCCCGUGGUGGGCGACCGCCUCUCGCACCAGGUGCAGGAGCUCACGCUCGACACGCUCUACUUCUUCAAGAUCCAGGCGCGCAACUCCAAGGGCAUGGGCCCCAUGAGCGAGCCGGUCACCUUCCGCACGCCGCGAGCACCAGCUUCUGGCAGGGGCGCUCCAGGCAGUGGCAUCGCUUGGGCUGGGAGCCCCAGUCUCCUAAACCGUGCCACUUCUAAUGACGGCCCCACGGGGCAGCAGCACCCCCUGCAGAGCAGCCGCGGCUCGGCGCUGGACAACAACCUCCUCAUCAUCGUGAUCGUGACGGUGGGCGGCCUCACCGUCAUCUGCGCCAUCGUCGUGGCCGUGGUGUGCACGCGCCGCUCGGCCGCCGCCGUCAAGAGCAAGCGAGCCGCGCCAAAGUCUCCAAACGGUUCGGGCAAGCGCAAGGGCAGCCCCAAGGACCUGAAGCCUCCGGACCUGUGGAUCCACCACGAGACCGUGGCCCUCAAGCCGCUCGACAAGGCCCAGGGCCCGGGCGUCGGCGGGGGCCCUGGCGGCGGCGGUGGGCCGGGCCCCUCCGGCCCGUCCGGCCCGGCCGACCCGCACUCGGCGGCUCUGCAGUGCGGCGGCGGCGGCGGGCCGGACGUGGAGCGCGGCGACGCCUACACCAACCACCAGAGGGGCUCCUACUCAGGCAAGCGAGGCGAGGACGGCAUCUCGUCGUCUCUGGAGCGCUCGAUAGCGGCGCGCCAAGCCAUGCGCCUCAAACUGGCCGUGCCCUCCGAGCACAAACACGCGGCGCCGCACCACCACCACCACCAGCAGCAGCAGCACCACCACCACCACCACACGCACCUCAGCCACUCGGCCGCGCUGCUGCCGAGCCCGGCCCCUCCCCCCGUGCCGUCCCCCCCGGCGUCCCCCUUGCGCCACCACUACCCCCCCUGCCAGCCGCCGCACUACGGCGCUCACUACCCGGGCUCCCCCCCCGGGGACCCGCAGGAGCGAGGGAGCCACCUCGUCGAGAUCGUGGGAGUGGACGUGGAGGAGCUGCGGAGCGGGGGGCUGCCCCCCCUCCCGCCGGCCGGGGAGGGCUCGUCGAGCGGAGAGUACGAGGAGCCUCGGCCCGUUGUGCCCACGGCGCACGUGCGGCCCACGCAGCCCCUGCGCAGCUUCGCGGUGCCCCUCGUGUCGGCCCACGGGGCGCUGCGCCCCUCCGACAGCCCCCUCCUGUCCCACCACGCAGGUGGACACAGCCCUCUCCUGUCCCACCACACAGGGAGCGGCUCGCCAAAGGUGGCGACGCUUGGAACCCUGGGACGGCUGCGCGUGCCGCUGCCCGUGAUCCUGCCCAGCGCCCCGGACUCGUCGGCCCACGACUCGCAGACCUUCGAGGACUCGGACAGCACCUACGGGCACGACGACGACGACGACGAAGACGACCUCAGCGCUGAGAUGGCGAACCUUGAGGGCCUCAUGAAAGACCUCAACGCCAUAACCUCCGCGGGAAUCUGACCCAUUUCUUUACAAAUGGAUCUCUGGGCGAGCGAACGAGAGUCGCGUUAAUAGUUCGCGUUGCACGUCGUUCCGGCGGUGUUUUUCAUAGCUCUGGGAACCGUAAAGCAAGCCGCCGCUCUCCAGGAGAUCUUGAAAACUCGGGAAAUCGCGUCGCUCCGCAAGAUGUUCACGACGCCGACAAGCGUGCGUGUAGCGCGCGACGGAGCAGCGUCUUCAGAGAGCAGCAGCGUCUUCAGAGAGAUCCUUCGAGAGACGCCUUCCGUCCCUGCUGGGUGGGGGGCACGCGGGCGAUCGGCCACGGAGGAGGAAGUCGAGCUGCGGCGGCAGAGCGCCGACGGAGGAGGGAGCCGAGCGGGGCCCUGGGACCACGCCGAUCUCCUGCCCCUGGGGCAGGCCGAUCUCCUGCCCCUGGGGCAGGCCGAUCUCCUGCCCCUGGGGCCACGCCGAUCUCCUGCCCCUGGGGCCACGCCGAUCUCCUGCCC